CAGUAGAGUCCUACUCACCCACACGGUAGGGUACAGAGGCUCCCGCUAUUGAAUGCAAAGUGGUACCAAAGGCUGUUUUCCAGUGAUACAUUGUAGGUGUUUUAACAACAACGUAGGGCGGUGUUCUUCUCCCAUGCCAGAGUAAACCAUACAUCUGAACAUCAACGAUGUCUUACUUGCGGGCUGUCUUGUGCAGUGUAAUGCUCAGUGCUUCUUUUGCAAACAGUCAAAUAUCUCAAGAAAAUCACACGAUCCAGUCACAAAAUCAUCAAGAUGAAUCCCUCCACACUGGUGACGGGUCUCCAGGAGGCUCACACCAAGACACGGCACUGGACACCAGCCACGUGUUUAAACCUAAAGUCAUAACAAAGAGAGAAACUGUAACACCAAAGUGCUCUGAGGUGGAGUCUCCCAGUGACCAGGUUGUAUUCCUGAAGGAAAUAAAUAUGAAGAAGUACAAAUUCUUCAUUCAGCCAAAACCAGGAUUUCGUAAAAUAAUGUUUCACAUGAAGGUAGAUAAUGAACUAAACCAAAAGGAUCCAUACACCACCGCGAAGAACAUUGUCUUCAACAGCUGGGAACUGAUGGACAUCACAAACGGUUCCUGGAUAGAAGUUGAGGUAGAAUACUUCAAACAUCGAAUCUGGUUAAAGCCAGAUAAGAACGGGCUGAGAGUUAUAAUAGGGAAGUUAACCCGAACGAUGGAAUCUAAGUGGCAAAUAACACACAGCUAUAAGGGCUUUGUGAUCUUCGUGGACGGGUCCUCAAAGCUACUCUUCGACUGCUCCCCUCUGGAUAUUGUCAAAUAUGAGGCCAUCGCAACGGUGUCCAACCCGCUGCUGCUGCUGGGUGUCCUGGGUGGCGUCUUCCUAGUGUUAUUGGUGGUGACCAUCUGGGUUUACGUCAUCGUGAUUAGACGCCACCGACACAACCAACACCCUGACCACCCACCACCAGUGCCUCCACUACCUAAGGCCCUAAGGCGAGGCCAGGUGAAGAGUGACCCAGGUCCCAACUAUGAGAGUUUCGAGGAGGACGCCCUGACUCGCCUACGCCAGAAGCUCGACCCCAAGACUUUUAGCUGCUACAACGCCACCUCGGAUGCCGCCGCCAAGUGUCGACGCAAUGAUGCCAAGACGAAUAUGGACGCUAAUGGUGAGUUUCCUGAACCUCGCUACCAGGCCCAGACGAAACUCUCCCUCCUGGAAGAGAAGCAGAAGAUGUGGGAGAAGAACCGGGAUGGACUGGCGCCCGAGAGUAGCUAUGUAGAGAUGCAUGGCAUUAUUGACAGCAACUCGGAUCUGGAACACUGAGUGUCACUGCUGUACACCUCCUCCACUGUAAAGACUGAACACAAACAUUGCGCCUUCCUCACUACAGUUCACCUGGGAAAUAUAUCCAUUUUUUAUAUGACUCCUAUUUUAUUGAUUAGUCUCAUAGAACGUAUCACCCUGGCAAUGUAUGUUUAGUGUUCAGUUAUACUCGGAAAGUAUAAAUGUUAAGAGAAUCUUUAACUGCUGUAGCUUCUGUUAUCUCAAUAGUGGGCGUCAAAAAUAACAACAAGGUGAUGGCGCAAUACUCUGGCUUGACUUGGUGACAUUUACAAAGAAGAGAACCUUCAGAGUGAUGCCCAGACAACACGGAGUAGUGCAGGUCACUGUGUGUGUCUAUAUACCCACAUAUUGUACCUUUAUACAUACUGUACAUAAGUUAAUAUGUAAGUUUGCGCACGCGUGUUGAAGUGUGCACGCAUUCAUGUGGGAAUAUAUGCCAAUGUAUCUAACUCCAUAAAUGUAAAUAUUUUAUAUUCAUUAAUUUAUAUAUACAUGGGUUCUCACUACAUUUGUCUUACAUCCCGAGGUUGUUACACACCAUGGAGCGUUUCCGGAGAAAUAACAGAAUUCAGUCACUUAACGCAGCUGCGAUCAGGUCACCCUCACUGUCUACUGAGUCACAGUAAAUAUAACAACACUGUAUAUAUAAUUACGCCUCUUACCAUACAUACAGUACAUGGCCUAACCAUUCAUAACCUAAGUGUACGAGUUUCUUUGUGAAAACACGUCAUUGCCUCUAGUACAAAUAAACAUAAUUAACAUAAUACUGAAUCAUGGGUAUACGAGUAGCUUUAUAUUUACCUCACUUUAGGUCUUGAGUAACGCACUUCAUUUAUUUUGGACUUGACGGAGUUGGGUCACCCGGCCCUUCUGGAUACGAACUUUGGAUCACGACUGUAGUUUUAAGUGAGGUAAAACAUUAAAUAUGACACAUUAGACAGGUGCACCCAUAUAAAAGAGGAGGGUAUAGUCACGGUCAAAAGUUCGCUCCCCGUGGUGAAACUGAGUCAUAGGAAUGAGUCUCUGAGCUUACCCUGACUCUCAUCUGGUCCGGGUGUGCAGUUUUAUUUCAUCUAGUCCGCGAUUUACAGAUUACAGAUUGCCCAAGAGGGGGCUGGUUUAUUGGGCACCCCCUUACAUCCUGUGCAAGGUGAAGCGCAGAAGCGUUUACAGUGCCCAACUGGGAAGCAUGCGGAGUUCAUGCUUGCCUUUAUGACUCAUGCAUUAAGGGGUAAAGGCCUGAAGGGUCAUGGAUUUUGUCAGCAAUACUGCUUCAGCUUGGGAGAGGGUGAACUUUUGACCCCGAGUGUACUUGAGAAAGAGAAAUUUGGGCUGUUUUCUCUGUUCUUUAAUACACUACUGUACUGUAAAGAUAACCAAAUAAAAUGUGCAGUUCUAUAGAAAGAUGUUUUGUGAUAUGUGAUAACAUUUCCCCACUGUACCCAAAGAGGUUGUUACGUAGAAAUAAAGAGAAAUAAACAA